AUGAAUUCCUCCGCCUCCGCGGGUGGUGAAAAGGUGGAUAAUGUGCCUGCUAAAAAACGACAGUUACGGCAAAGUGUGUUGGGAAUGCUGAAAAAGGUGGACAUCAAAAAUAGGGGCUUGAAACGAUUCUUCUAUUUCACGUACGAGGCAGAACCAUCGGUGAAGCAGGAAAAUGUAAAGAAACUGUACUUCAGCAAUGGGGAAAUCUGCGAGGGAGAUGAAUAUUUUCUGCAGCACAUGAAAAAGAGCGUGUUCGUGAGUAAUAUUCCAGGUGGAACGAAGAAAUCGGAGAUUUACCAACUGUUCCAGCGCUUUGGCAUGGUUCUUUCGAUUGAGUUGCGUACCCGCGGUGGGCGAAGCAUAAUGGGCCGUCAGGCACAGUACCCGGUCGAAGUUGGUCCGUACCUGUGCAGCACGGUCGAGUUUGACUCGGCCGAUAGUGCCAAGAACGCGUGUGAGGUAAAAACGGAAAGUACCUACGUUGCCAAACCGAUCGUGAACCCGUCGUUGCUUGGGACAGAGCAUUGUGUGUAUGUUGAAAACAUACCCAUCGCAACGACUCGUCGAGAGCUGUGGCAACACUUUAAGGUGUUUGGGCCCAUUCGUUCGAUACGGAUGGAAUUUCCGGACGGGACGUUGGUGCUUACCGAUGCCGAGUAUGCGCAACUUCGUUCGGUUAACUGUCACAUCCGCUUUCGCCGGAGAGCUGAGGCACGAGCUGCCGCAAAAGCGCUAAAUCGCAGCACAUUUAAAGAGCGUCACAUCUCCGUGCAGAUGGCAUAUCAAAAGUACUGUAAUCCAGACGAGCUAUCAAACAAUGCACUGCGAAUCUUCUUUCAACCCUUUGGUGACGUGGUAUCCCUCGAUCAAAUGCCUCAUCAACGAGCGGGCUACGUGUGCUUCAAGCCACCGAUCCCGGUGGACAUGAUGAAGCGCGCGAAUCAGCAGACGUUCCGCAACCGACGUAUCACGAUCGAAAAGCUGGACCUGCCGACCGCUCCGAAGGAUGGCAAAUCGAUGAAAACAGUUGGUAAUGGAAAAAAUGGCCGCGAGACAGCUGGCAACACUGGUAAUGGUAGUGGAAGUAAUAGUAAUAGUAGAGCUGGUGCCGCCGGGAAAACCACCAAUUCUUCCACCAAUGCACUUCAGAUUAAGCUGGGACGUAAGAUCGCUCGUAAAGGGCUUCCAGUGGGACGCAAACCAUUGGCCAAGAAGGUAGGCAGUGACCUGGCCAAAACCGAACCCAGCAAAGGGGCCGGCAAGACGGGGUCCGAGAAUGCGAAAGAAAAUCGGGCCACUUCGUAG